GGUUGUGGCGUAUUGGAAUCCUUGAAGAAAUCGAAAACAGUUCGAAUAUCAAUAUUGAUACCAGAACAGUGAGCGAACAAAAUGAAGCUCUGGCAGUCAAUUCGAGAGUUUGGUCUGGAGUACUGCGACCUACCGACUACACUGCAGAAUGUAGCCAGCCUGUUACGAGCUAUUACUCUGAAUAUCGACAGUCGUCAUACCGCCCGAAUUCCAUUCAUCUGCUACGUAAUGACAGUUGUAAUAACACUGUCAUAUUUCUACGUGUUCCUGGUCUCGAUGGCGUGGUUCGUGUUCGUGAGGAGUGCUGAAACUAGGGACUACCUCGCUGCUAUGGUGGUGCUCUCCUUGGGGAUAUCCAGCGAGAUCGGCACUUUGAAAUUCUUCUACACUUUUAUUUACAUAAAGAAAGUCCAACGAAUUGUGCGAGAAUAUUUGGAGUGCGAUCACAUGGUGGUCCCCGAGAGCAGGUUCGCCGAUAAUGUCCUCAAGACGAUGAGAAACGUGAAGAAGAGAGCCAUCCUGUACUGGGUGGUCGUCAUCGGCAAUGGAGUCGUCUACGUCACCAAACCGCUCUUCAUGUCAGGAAGACACCACAUGGAAGACCGCUAUAUUGUUUAUGGCUUGGAACCAAUGUUCGAGUCACCAAACUACGAGGUAGCCUACUUCCUCAUGAUGUUCGGGUUAUGCUUCAUCUGCUACCCACCAGCCAACGUCACAGUCUUUCUGAUAGUGGUGGUCGGAUACACCGAAGCUCAGAUGAUAGCGUUGGGCGAGGAAAUGCUCCGAAUCUGGGAAGAUGCUGUGGCUCAUUACAAUAACAAGUAUCACACUGUCGGUGCCUUAACCAAUAGUAGCGAAAAGAAUAAAAUCAUCAAUCAAUACGUUAAGUUUCGCCUCACUGAGAUCAUUAAGAUGCACACAACUAACAUUCAGUUAUUAAGGCAGGUCGAAUUUGUGUUCCGCAGCGCAAUUGCUAUGGGUUAUGUAUUCCUAGUACUCGGUCUCAUUGCUGAGCUCUUAGGAGGACUGGAGAACACCUACCUGCAGAUACCCUUUGCGCUUAUCCAAGUGUUAGUGGACUGCUACACGGGCCAAAAAGUAAUGGAUGCGAGUUCGUUGUUCGAGCAAGCUGUUUACGAUUGCAAAUGGGAGAACUUUGAUAAAUCGAAUAUGAAAACGGUCCUUUUGAUUCUCCAGAACUCGCAAAAGAGCAUGAGGUUGUCUGUAGGAGGCAUCACUGUCUUGGGCUUCAGCUGCAUGAUGUCGGUUAUGAAAUCUAUUUACUCUGCGUAUGCUACUCUAAGAACUACCAUGAGCUAGGUAAUUCUCACGUUUAUGAACUCCGCAAACCAUUCUACACCUUCUUUACUUUAUUGGAUUAGUCUAAAAUUGUAAAAGUAGUGCUAUAAAAUGAUUUAACAUUCGAAGACACAUCAGGCACAACGCAAGGAGAUUCGCAGAUUCUGUUACAUUUCGAGAAACACAAGACAAAGCUGAAAAUGUUUGUAAAAUUCGUUGUUACAGAAACAGACCUGCAAGUAGUUUCAUUGCUUUAAUUAAUAUAAGAGAAGAGAUGAAAUCUGUUUCUAAUUUGCUUUAAGUCGAGAAGACAGUUGUCCGACACUAACUUUGUGUGCUGAGUAACAUUUCUACACUGUUCAUGUUUGUCAGUGAAUAAAAGUAGUUACACGAUAUAA